AUGCCACCAAAGCAAGCUUCGAAAGGUGGAAAGAAAGAACCAUCGAAGAAGCCCAUGAAACCCAAAGAGGGUGGUGGGAAAGCAAAGAAGAAAAAAUGGUCUAAAGGAAAAGUUCGGGAUAAACUUGCUAAUAUGGUGUUGUUCGAUAACGCAACUUUUGAAAAGCUACUGAAAGAAGUCCCACAGUACAAGGUAAUAACACCUUCUGUUGUGUCAGAACGGCUGAAAAUUCGGGCGUCACUAGCACGUCAUGCUCUCGAGGAGCUGUGGCGACGAGGUUCCAUAAAAAUGGUCUGCAAACACAAUUCACAACAAAUAUACACUAGAACAACAAAGACCGAUUAG